AUGGGGCGUGUGUGCAUGGGGCGUGUGUGCAUGGGGCGUGUGUGCAUGGGGCGUGGGUGCAUGGGGCGUGGGUGCAUGGGGCGUGGGUGCAUGGGGCGUGGGUGCAUGGGGCGUGUGUGCAUGGGGCGUGGGUGCAUGGGGCGUGUGUGCAUGGGGCGUGGGUGCAUGGGGCGUGGGUGCAUGGGGCGUGGGUGCAUGGGGCGUGUGUGCAUGGGGCGUGUGUGCAUGGGGCGUGGGUGCAUGGGGCGUGUGUGCAUGGGGCGUGUGUGCAUGGGGCGUGGGUGCAUGGGGCGUGUGUGCAUGGGGCGUGGGUGCAUGGGGCGUGUGUGCAUGGGGCGUGUGUGCAUGGGGCGUGGGUGCAUGGGGCGUGGGUGCAUGGGGCGUGUGUGCAUGGGGCGUGGGUGCAUGGGGCGUGGGUGCAUGGGGCGUGGGUGCAUGGGGCGUGUGUGCAUGGGGCGUGGGUGCAUGGGGCGUGGGUGCAUGGGGCGUGGGUGCAUGGGGCGUGUGUGCAUGGGGCGUGUGUGCAUGGGGCGUGGGUGCAUGGGGCGUGUGUGCAUGGGGCGUGUGUGCAUGGGGCGUGUGUGCAUGGGGCGUGUGUGCAUGGGGCGUGUGUGCAUGGGGCGUGGGUGCAUGGGGCGUGGGUGCAUGGGGCGUGUGUGCAUGGGGCGUGGGUGCAUGGGGCGUGGGUGCAUGGGGCGUGUGUGCAUGGGGCGUGUGUGCAUGGGGCGUGUGUGCAUGGGGCGUGGGUGCAUGGGGCGUGUGUGCAUGGGGCGUGUGUGCAUGGGGCGUGGGUGCAUGGGGCGUGUGUGCAUGGGGCGUGUGUGCAUGGGGCGUGUGUGCAUGGGGCGUGUGUGCAUGGGGCGUGGGUGCAUGGGGCGUGUGUGCAUGGGGCGUGUGUGCAUGGGGCGUGGGUGCAUGGGGCGUGUGUGCAUGGGGCGUGUGUGCAUGGGGCGUGUGUGCAUGGGGCGUGUGUGCAAAGGGCGUGUGUGCAUGGGGCGUGUGUGCAUGGGGCGUGUGUGCACACAGAGAUGUGCAGCGCAAUGUCUUCAGUGGCUCCUUGCCUUCCUCGCUCUUCUCCCUCACCAGCCUCAGCAGCCUCUACAUGGACGGCAACCAGCUGUCCGGCACCCUGCCCUCCCAAGUGGGCGCGCUCACCAACCUCUUCACACUGUCCGUUGCAUCCUCUCAUCGCCAUGCCAUGCAUGCGCUCUCUCUUUUACAUCGUUCUCCUUGUCUACCACCUGUGUGACUUGUGCACCCUCUAUCUUCCAAUUCAUUAAUCCCCGCAUCGUACAUUCGUAUGGUGUGUCUCAUGUUCGUCCUCCUCCCUCCCUGGGCAGUCAGGUGAGCAACAACAAGUUCAACGGCUCCCCCCCCGCUACCCUCAGCCUGCUCUCCUCCCUCCAUGAGCUGCAGAUGAACAAGAACAGCUUCUCAGGGCCCUUCCCAUCGGUCAUCACCGCCCUCACCAACCUCACCAUGAUGUACCCACCCGCCAGCCCUCCCCCCCACCCGUCAGCCCUCCCGCCCACCCGCCAGCCCUCCCCCCCACCCGCCAGCCCUCCCCCCCACCCGCCAGCCCUCCCCCCCACCCGCCAGCCCUCCCCCCCACCCGCCAGCCCUCCCCCCCACCCGCCAGCCCUCCUCCCGCCCGCCUUGUUCUCUUGCGGUGCCCACGCCCUGGCUCAUGCCGCUGCAUUACUGUUGUGUCACUGUGUCCACUGUGGUUGUCCUAGGAAGAUUUAUUCCAACAAGCUGCAUGGCACGCUGCCUCAGAGCUACAGCCAGCUGCGCAACCUCACCCACCUGUAUGACCGCUGCUUGCCCCGCCUCACCACCCUCUGCCCCUCGCUUGCUGCCCUCAUUCGCCACCCACCCUCCUUAUGUGCGGUCCAUCUUCGCCUCCUCACAUGCUGCUCUCUGCUCUCCCGCCCUUCCCUUGUGCUCGUGUUCCCCCCGCGCACUCCCCUGGGGCGCAGCGACCUGAGGGACAUGCAGCUGUACGGCCCGCUGCCCACGUGGCUGGGGCUGCUCACGCGCAUGCAGUACCUGUACGUGGGGCCUGGGGACACCCACGGCGCCCUGAGGGAGGCAGGGUCAACGGGCGUGUGGUGGGAAAGGGAGGGGGGAAGAAGAGAGCACUUCCGCAACAACGAUCUGGCUGGGGCAGUGCCAGAGUCAAUGGGGAACCUCACCAACCUCAUUGAGAUCUCGCUCAUUGGCAACCCCAAGCUCAACGGCACACUGCCAGCGUGCUGGGCUAACAUCAUCUCCCUGGGAACCAUUGCGGCAUCGCGCCUUCAGUUCGCCUGCCCGUCCCCCGACUUGUGCUGCCCCAUGGGCAGCCCCAUCCAGGACCUGCCCUUCUGUGUCAACUUCUGCCCGCAGUACUGCUCCGCCUGUGCUCCAGGCAUGUCGCCGGCAGUGAUAGCAGGAAUUGCUGUGGGGUGCUCUGUGGCGCUGCUGGCAGUGCUGGCUCUCGCACUCUACAUUUGCCUCUCAAAAAUUGUUGGCAUGCAACCCCAAGCCUUGCUUUCGUGUUGUUCCUGUCCUGGGUGUGCUUGUGUGUGCAUGUGUGCGUGCGUGCGGGUGUGCGUGUAUGCGUGCAUGCAUGUGUGGGGGGUGGCAGCAUGGGAGCGGGAGUUGGACCGGGGCUUCCGCAAGUACACGUGGAGGGAGAUCAUGGACGCCACGGACAGCUUCAGCGACGCCAGGAAGCUGGGCAAGGGGGGCUUUGGCACCGUGUACCUGGGGCAGGGGGAUGCACCGGACCAGCUCAUAGCCGUCAAGCAUGCGGCCUUUGUGGAGCGCUCCUCCAAGAUAGCCACCAUGUUCGAGGAGGAGGUGAAAGCAGUGUCGAGGCUGUACCACAAGAACCUGGUGCGCCUGCUGGGCUACUGCAACGACCACAUGGAGCAGGUGCUCGUGUACGAGUACGUGCCCAACGGACCCCUCUCCGACCACCUCUACGGCACCAUCAAAGGUCCGCCCUCCACCGCGCAACCUCCCCUCGCCUCAUCUGCUUCCUCUCGGGUUUCCUCCUCCCCUCACCGCAUCCUGCCCUCGCUUGCUCAGCUGGUCAUGUCGUGCCUGGCAUGUACCUUGUUCCUCCACGUCCCACUGCACCACUGUGCAUCCCGUGUCUACCAUCCCCCUGUGUGA